AUGGCGACUCGGGCGCAAACGCGCACCAAUCUCGUGGUCUCGCGAGUCGUCCCGCCCGUGUUGCUCGGGAUCGUCGCCUACGCCUCUUAUGCCAUCACGAAACCAUUAUGCAUCGAUUACCUGUUGUAUCCCUUACCUUCGCAUAAUAUCCAUUCUCGGCGCGGCGCCGGCGCCGCGAUCCUUGCGGUCUACUAUGUUCUCUUAAUCGCCAUGGUGACGACUUAUUGCCGCUUGCUCUAUACUGUGCUCCGAAACACUGGAUAUUUACCUUAUGGACAGGAGCGCAUCGACUCUGAUCAAGAGAAGCUGAAGUCCAGCGACUCCCGGGGCAGCCGGUCUCGCCGUGGGGCCCGUACAAAGAAGCGGCAAACGGAGAAAAAACCCACGAAGGAGGUUGACCUUGAGCGGGGCGUGGUUAGUAAUACUGAGGAUGUGGCAGUGGGCAACUCGCUUGGUCUCGAAUAUUUCUACCAGAAGGACGUUUAUGUCUGCCAGGAGGAUGGCCGGCCGCCGUAUUGCUCAAAGUGCUGCCAAUUCAAGACGGACCGCGCGCAUCACUGUCGCGAGGUAGACCGCUGCGUCCGCAAGAUGGACCACUUCUGGUUGGAGGAGUGGUUGGGGAAAACUUCAUUCAAGUUUUUCAUCCAGUUCGUCUUUUACACUGCCGUGUUCUGUUUCUUCACCCUUAUCGUUUCUGCAUAUUUCCUUAGCGAGCUUAGGAGACGUAGCGGAGAUGUUAAUGCGCAUUGGAUUGUGUGCAUCGUACUAAGCGGCCUCUUCGGCUUCUUUUCGGGAGGCAUGACACUGAGCGCCGUCCAAAUGGCCCUGUUCAAUUUGACAACGAUCGAAAGCCUGAACAAAAACACCCACGUCUGGAUCCUCGCAAUCCGUGUCCCAGAGCACCUCCUUGACCGGCUCUGGGUAAACGACUCACCAUGGACCCCUUCAUUCAAAAUGGUGACCUACCCGCCUCGGACCCUGCAGAAUCUCCACCCAUACGACCACUCCCCCCCUGAGCGGCACGUUUUUGCAAUUCUCCACACUAAACCGGGCGAAAACCCCUUUGACCUUGGCGGCAUGCAGAACAUGCAGCAAAUUAUGGGCUACAGCAUUGCCGAAUGGCUCCUACCCCUCAAGCACAGUCCAUGCACUGACCACAGCAGCCAGGAAAGCGAAUUCCCUAUGGGGCCUGUCGUGGCUCGUCUGAAGCAGGAAGCCGGCUUGGCCCCGGCGCGCAAUGGAUCGAGUUCCGCCCGAUCUGCGAAACACCGGCUCCGACGCAAUGGGCAUACAUAG